GGGCCCCCCUUGGGGGGGGGGUGGAUAUAUAGUAGGGAAGGCUUUUCAUUUGUAUGUAUAUGUGGUGUGUGUUGUGCAUAUCAUUGAGGAUUGACCCACCCUUUUCCUUUUUAUUUUUGGUUGUGCUUGCUUUUUAGAGAGAGAAAGUGAGGGAGCUAAAAAGAAAUCAAAUGAUGAAUGUGGAUUUGCUUUGCAGGUCAUGAUCAAAAAGCCUAUCUGAGCUUCUUUCUUUCCCUUUUUUUUUUCACGGUUUUUGUUGGGGUAUUAUGGGUGUGUACCAUCUUUCUUCCUAGGUUUAUGUUUUUCAUGGCUUGCCCUUUCUUCUUUGUUGGGUUAUUAAGAGUAGACUUCUGAGAAAGAUCAAAAGAUAGAGAGCUAAAACAAUGCCCAUUUUUUUAAUUUAAUUUUUUCUUUCGCUUUCUCUCUCAUCCACCAAAUAUCCUUAUCAACCCCCACCUCCAACCUCCAUAGUUAAACUCUUCUCCUACCUAAUACUCUCUUUCUCUCUCUAUCCCAUAAAAUUUUAAGGUCGGUGAAUAUCAUGCUACCACUUUAUUAGAGUUGUGCAGAACAAGAAUCCACAGAAGACAUCAACAAAGGGAGGAUAUACAAAUAUCAUAUUAUUAAAAUUCAUAUAAAUUACAUUCACAUAUGUCAUGUAUGGCUGGCCCAAGUGGUGACGUGGACAAAUCACCCAGUCGAGACGACCUAAUCCCCUCCGGUGACUACAGCUGCUAUCCGGACCCCUCCACGAAUGCCGAAGCCCAAAACCUCCGGGCCCAUCUUCACGGUUUCGGGCCUCCGGGCCCGGAAAUCUACAAUCUCAUCUCCUCCGGCAUGGACAACAUGAUAGGGUUUCUCCCCAAGAACCCGCACAGUACUCCCGACGCAAGCUUCUCCUGGAAAAGCUCGUUUUUCGCGCGGCAAUGCCCGCCUUCUUCAAACCCCAAGGACCAAAUUGUAAAUCAAGAAAGUGCCGGGUUUUACCCGCAGCACGAUAUGACGGAGCUGCUCGACCAGUCGUCUUUAAGGUCGUGCGUUUUCCCGUGUGAAGGCAACGAGAGGCCAAGCCACGGGCUUUCACUCUCCUUGAACCCUUCCAACCCUUCUUCCAUAGGGCUUCAGUCUUUCGAGCUCAGACAACAUGACCUGUUUAGAUUUGGGCCGUCGAGUUCCAGGCCCGAGAGCAGUCACAAUAUGCAGCAGCAGGCUUUUGUUCGAAACUCGAGGUAUUUGGGCCCGGCCCAAGAGCUGCUGCAAGAGUUUUGCGACCUCGGGUCGAAUCAUGAGGUUAACGGGUCGGGUCGGAAGAUGAAGGACGUUCUGAAGGAGGAUGGUGAGUGGGGGGAGAGUGAGAUUAACGCUGAUAAAAGGCAGUCGCUUUAUUCGCUCAACAUUGUUGAGCUGCAGAGAAGGAAAAGCAAGCUGCUUCAAAUGCUUGAAGAGGUGGAGAGAAGGUACAAACACUACUGUGACCAAAUGAGGGGAGUGACAUCAUCGUUUGAGUCGGUGGCCGGGAAUGGGGCUGCGAGAGCCUACUCAGCCUUAGCCUCCAAGGCCAUGUCCCGACACUUCCGGUGCCUGAAAGAUGGAAUUUUGAGCCAGAUUAAGGCCACCAAGAAAGCCAUGGGGGAAAAGGACAGCUCAGCUCCAGGCACAGUCAAAGGGGAGACACCGAGAUUGAGGAUUCUUGAUCAGACGAUCAGACAACAGCGGGCCCUACAGCAGAUGAGCAAUAUGGAGAUUCAUCCCUGGCGGCCCCAACGCGGGCUUCCCGAGCGUUCGGUCUCGGUUUCCAACUGGUUCAUAAACGCAAGGGUUCGGCUGUGGAAGCCCAUGGUUGAGGAAAUGUAUUUGGAGGAGCUGAAAGAGGAAAACCCACAAAACGACGAGGGCCCAUCGGUCAAUCACAACAGGCCCGAGGACCAAAAGCCCACCGACGACCAACUGGGUCGGGUCGACCCGGGAUCACUCUCCUCAGUAAUCGGGCGGAGCAAGCAGCCCCUCCAGAGCCCGGAAUUCGGGCGCGUGGGCCCCACGGGGGACGCUUUCGGGUUUGGGUUCCCGCCGUCUCAUGGUGGGGGAGGGGUGUCGCUGACGCUGGGGCUGCACCAGCACGGGAAUUUACCGUUUUCUCCCUUGCCGCAGGGAGCGAUGUUCUAUGGGCGGGAGCAGGGUAUGGAGGAAUGCCAGGUGACGGUGCAGUAUUCGUCGACGUUGCUCGACGGGGAGAGCCAGAAUCCGCCGUACCGGAAUCUGAUGGGCGCCCAGCUGCUGCAUGACCUGGCCGGUUAGUUUUGAAAAUGUGUCUUUAUAGUUAAAGAGGUUGUUAAGGAUAAUUUAGAGGUCAAAAAGUAAAAACACAUUGGAUAUUUUUUUUUUUCUUGUUUAUUUAAUCAUUGGAGGUGAAAUUUUGGAGGGGGUUUUUGUCGGUGAAGUUAAAAAUAUGGCGGGGCAUCCAGAAAAAGGGAAGGGGGUUGGUGAUGGUGACGGGAAAACCUUAUAUAUAUAAAAAUUUGGUACAUCUGGUAUACAAUUAAAAUAGUUGGGAUUAGAGGGGGAAAAAAAGAAACAAUUUUAUGUGCAAUUUGGUGUUUGGUUGCGUUAUAUACAAUGAAGGGUAUUUGGUUAUUUGCUUGGUUGUGUGUGUGUGGGUGGAUUUGAGCUAGUGUUUCUUUGUAGGAAGGUAUGCUUAAUUUUAUUCUAUUGUUUAUUACUAUUA